UCCGGAGGAGUGGUUGGAUACUUGGUGUCUUGACAAACAUCGAUCGCAUCAGUAGUUGUGAUCGACUUGAACUGAUUUUAUUUAUUGGAGAUUAUUACGCUCUGUAACUUUCAUUUUCCAAGCGUUUUAAAGCAAGCAAUUUUAGAAACCUCAGCCACGAGCUUUUAACUUGUUGGCUUCGUUUGUUUUUGUCCUCCGUCACAACAACUUGAAAUGGCAGCAGAGUGUGUUACUCGAGUCGAGUUGCACAUCUCUUGUAGAGGUUUGCUCGACAGGGACACAACUUCAAAAUCCGAUCCACUGUGUGCUUUGUAUAUUCAAGAUUCACUUGGAAAGUGGGUUGAGUAUGCUAGGACUGAAAAAAUCCAGAAUAACCUUAAUCCAGAUUUUGCUAAAGGAAUUGUGGUGGACUACUACUUUGAGAUGGUUCAGAAACUGAAAUUUUCAGUUUACGAUGUGGAUAACGAGACCAGUUCACUGGGAGAUGACGAUGCUCUGGGUGAUAUGGAGUGUAAUCUUGGGCAGGUGGUUUCAAAGAAGUCCUUUGCAAGCACACUACAAAUCAAUGGAAGGCAAGUGGGAACCAUUAAUGUAUAUGCAGAAGAAUUAAAAGGUGGAAAUGAAAUAGUUAACCUUACUUUCAGGGCAACAAACCUAGACAACAAGGACUUUCUGGGCAAAUCUGAUCCCUUUUUACAAUUGUCCAAACUGAAAAGUGAUGGUGGAACUUUGCUUGUUCAUCGCACUGAGGUUGUCAAGAACAACCUCAAUCCAUCAUGGAUGUCUUUUAGCAUUGCGCUGGCAACUCUGUGUGGUGGAGACUAUGAUGCACCAAUUAGGAUUGGCUGUUACGACUGGGAUGAGGAUGACGAUAAUGAUUUGAUUGGUUGUGUGGACAUCACUCUUCGAUCUCUGAUUGACAGUAAAGAGUCAGGGAAAGGACUUGACUUGGUCAAUUCCAAGAAAAAGCAGAAGAAAAAAGGCUAUGUGAACUCAGGAGUUCUGUAUGUGUCUCAAUGCAAUAUAACCAAGCUUUACACAUUCCUAGACUAUGUCAUGGGAGGAUGCCAAAUUAACUUUACAGUUGGUAUUGACUUCACAGCAUCCAAUGGUGAUCCACGCAAUGCCCAGUCUCUUCAUUAUUUGCAUUCUCAUGAACCCAAUGAGUAUGUCAAGGCUCUAGUAGCUGUUGGUGAAGUUUGUCAAGACUAUGAUACUGAUAAAUUUUUCCCAGCGUUAGGAUUUGGGGCCAAAAUACCACCAGGCAUGCAGGUUUCCCACGAGUUUCCUUUGAACUUCAACCCGACUAAUCCAUAUUGUCAUGGCAUCCAAGAAAUUGUUCUUGCAUAUCAGAAUUGCAUUCGCCAAGUGCAGCUGUAUGGCCCAACCAAUGUGGCGCCGAUCAUCAAUCACGUGAUUAGAUUUGCUGAGCGAGCAGGCCAGGAAAACACAGCAUCGCAAUACUACGUGCUUUUACUGUUGACGGAUGGCGUGUUAUCAGACAUGGCGGAAACAAAGGCCGCCAUAGUAAAGGCUUCUCGCCUUCCCAUGUCCGUCAUUAUUGUAGGAGUUGGACAGGCUGACUUCAAAGACAUGGAUGAACUUGACGCUGAUGAAGGACGGUUACGAUCUGGGCAUAAUUAUGCGGAAAGGGAUAUCGUCCAGUUUGUACCAUUCAGGGACUUCAAAUCCCAACCUCCAGCAGUCCUGGCCAAACACGUGUUAGCAGAAAUCCCUAAACAAGUCCAGGAGCAUUUCAACAAACGUGGCCUCGCUCCCGUGCAGUCAAACGGACCUGAACCACCCUACUUGGGGGGUCUUUAAUGAAAUAUUUAGUUCUCGCUGGUGCAAACUUGGUUUAAUGAACUCGCUUUAGUGCUAUUUUAGUUUUAUGAAUUUUUAUACACAGUUAAGGUGGAUGUGACUUACCUUAAGAGUUUUUUAUAAGCCCCCUCGGAUUAAAGGGGGUGGGAGAAGGGGUUAUUUUCCAGUCACAGAUUAGAGAAGGAAUGCGCGUCAUUUUCUUGGUCGUGAAAGGUCUGGGUACGAGACGAUAGUAUGCGAUGAUCGUUACCCGGAUGUAGCAGUGGGCUUUGUUCGAUAUUUGCGAAGUUCGUCACACGUAGUAUGCAUUGCAUGUGAACAUUGGUAUUGGUGAUGUUCGUUUUUUCAGUAGCUGGACUACAACAUAAGUUUGUUAAGUUCUCGGUUAAGAGAUUGUCGUGAACUAAACACUUAUUUUACUUAUUCAAUCGCUCUGACGAAGGGUUAACGCUCGAAACAUCAGCUUUUUACUCUUAACGGUGGCGAAUUAACUUUUUAAACUCAGUUGUUGAUGCUAAAUUACUUAGUUUACGGAAUUGCUGUGGAUUGCAAAUCAUUUUAUUUCAGUCAUAUUAGUCUUUGUUCGACAAGGAGCCGAUAAUGGCCACUCUGAGUUCGUUUCAUCAAAGUUUUCACGAGAAUUAAUUUUCCUGGCUGGAUUUGCCAGUGUUUUGAUAAAAUUAUGAACCCAAGGUCUUACAUUUAACUGGUUUCUAUUUGCCUUAUAAUUACUCAGAAUUGAUUUACAGAAAUGAAACAGCACCGAGUAAUAAAUUAAGUUAUGAGCUGUAAAUUUUUUUGUAAGAUUGACACUCGCAAGUGAGACUUCACUCGCGUGAAAGUCAUCGAUGUGUCUGCUUUCUCGUUUGCGUGUUACUUGCGUGCGUGUCACUUAGGCUUGUACGCGAGAGCGAGGACUUAUGCGCAUGAUAGUCAUCUUGCUCUCUUGUGCGCUUGUUAAUCACGUGUAACGUAGGCUUAUACGCUAAUUAGUCUCGAGAUGAUUACAAUUUGGAGAUUUGAUAUCUCUUAUACGUGAAAAUAAGUCUUUUUGAAAUAAAAAUGACUUGAGGA